GAACCAAUAUAAAAAGAUAUUUUUCUAUUUCUUUCUUUUAAAUCCGUGUCAGUCUUGGAAGCAUACGGAAUUUUCCAUUUUGGUAUUUGCAAAAUCUGUUUAAUAAUUAACUAACUUCAUCAGGCAUGCCGAAAAAUAAAGGAAAGGGAGGUAAAAACAGGAGGAGAGGUAAGAAUGAAAAUGAAGCAGAAAAAAGAGAAUUGGUUUUUAAAGAAGAUGGUCAAGAAUAUGCACAAGUUGUGAAAAUGCUGGGUAAUGGCAGGCUAGAGGCAAUGUGCUUUGAUGGUGUGAAGAGAUUGUGCCACAUCCGAGGAAAGCUGAGGAAAAAGGUUUGGAUUAACCAAGGAGAUAUUAUUCUUGUUGGAUUGAGAGAUUAUCAGGAUGCUAAAGCAGAUGUUAUCCUCAAAUACAACCCUGAUGAGGCGAGAAAUCUUAAAACUUACGGUGAACUUCCUGAAUAUGCUAAAAUCAAUGAUACUGUUAACUUUGGUGAAGAAGAGGAAGAUGAUAACAUCAUUGAGUUUGAUGAAGUUAGUGGGGAUGAAGAUAUUGAAAAUAUUUAAAAACUGAAGCAAGUUGCAUUUUUAAUACAAGUCAUCAGCUAUUAUCAAGAUUUCUUUUUUUUUUAAUACCUUAUAUUUUUUACUAUUUUAAAGGGGAAAUGUUUCUUUGAGAAAAAAAAUUGGCUCCUGUACUUUGUUCCUUUUUUAUUCUAUUUUUUAUAUUCCAGUAUCGAAAUAAAUCAAAAUUCUCUCUUCA